AUGUUGUCUACACAAAAACAACAACAACAAAUUAUUGUAAAAGCUUAUUACAAUGAUCUUAUUGAAAAACAACCUGAAAUUCGUCGAUUUACAAUCGAUAUUUCAUCGGACAAUGAUAACUAUCAAACAUUAGAAACAACUAUUUCUAAAUUAAAUACUGAUUAUCUUGAAUUACUAUCGGCUUUAAAUAACAUUUCUGCUGGUGGUGUCAUCAAAAUUUUUGUUAAACCAAAAUUGAACAAAAGUAAAGAAUCAAAUCAAAAUACAACAAUUCAUGUUGGUGUUAUUUGUGAUGGUUGUCAAGGUCCUGUGAUUGGUAAUCGUUAUAAAUGUUUAGAAUGUCGAGAUUAUGAUCUUUGUCAAAUAUGUUCAGAUAAAAAUCUUCAUUCUGAACAUAAUAUGUUAAAAUUAACUCGACCUUCUCAACGUUUAUUCGGUGGACAUCAUCGGUGUGGUGGACGUAGAGAAUCUUUCGGUGGUAAUUCUCGCUUUUGGCAUCAUUUUAUGCGACAACAAUGUGCACCUGCUACCUUUCAUGUUCCAUUCGAUAUAAAUAAUUUUCUUAAUCAAUUCAAGUGUAAAGAAUUAGCUGAAUUGAUUGAAGUUCAUAUACCUGAAUAUUUACGUACGGAAAAAAUAAAUGAAAUGCUUAAUCAAUUUAAAACAGGUGAACAAGCUGAUAAACCUAUUGAUGAAACAAUUCUUCUUGAAAACGUUGGUAAAAUUCUUCAUGAAUUUCUUUCAUCUUUUGGUAUUAAUUGUGAUUAUUCUGUUGACAAGCAAACGGAAGAAGUUAAAUCUAAAGAAAAAAAAGAAGAAACAACAACAAAUAAUAAUACUAGUACAGAACCAAAACCAACUGCUCCUUCAGCAACAGCAGCUUCGACUUCAGCUUCGACUAAUCUUCCACCAUUGGAUAAUUUACUUGAACAACUUCAAACUAUGUUUGCUCCGAUGUUUCAAUCACAAACAACAACAACUGAUUCAGCUGAAGAUCAACAAGUUAAAGAACAGAAGAAGAUUAAUGAAUGUAUUGAACGAAUGAUAUCGAUGGGUUUUGUGGAUUCAAAUGGUGUACUAACUGAACUUAUUAAAUCAAAAAAAGGUGAUCUCGAUCAAGUACUUGAUGCUCUUAAUCCACGUAAUUAUAAGAAUUAA